AUGAAGAUCAAGCCCUUUGUUCUAGGCAUAGCCUCCGUGCUCAGCUCCCUGGUGGACGCACUACCGAGCCCAGGCAAUGAGACCAGCAAGCCACAGGCCUCGGACCGAAUGGUCUUUGCCCAUUUCAUGAUCGGAAUCGUCAGCAACCGCAAGUCGGCCGCCGAUUUCGACAGCGACAUGAAACGCGCGAAAGACUUAGGGAUCGACGCCUUCGCCCUCAACAUUGGCGUGGACCGCGUCGACCCCUUCACAGAUACACAAUUGGAGUUUGCGUACCAGUCGGCCGCGAACAAUGACAUGAAGGUUUUUAUAUCCUUCGACUUCAACUGGUGGAAAGAAGACUCCGAGGCCUCUCUAGUUGGGCAGAAGAUUGCCAAGUUUGGGGGAAAGCCGGCACAGCUCAUGAUGGACGGCAAGAUUUUCGUCUCAUCGUUUGCGGGUGACCGAGUGGAUGUCAACGCGAUCCGUUCUGCUGCUGGCCGGCCCAUCUACUGGGCUCCGAACUACCACCGACCGGAGAGCGCUGAUAUCUCCAAAGUGGAUGCUCUGCUGAACUGGAUGGCCUGGCCCAAUGAUGGGAACAACAAGGCACCUAAGCCCGGUCGUCUUGUGACCGUGCAGGAUGGCGAUAAGAAGUAUAUGAAUGCGUUGGGAGGCAAGCCCUAUAUCGCUCCCGUCUCGCCUUGGUUCUCUACCCACUUUGGUCCCGAAGUCCCAUAUAGUAAGAACUGGGUCUUUCCGUCGGACAAUCUCUGGUAUGAGCGAUGGAUUGAGAUGUUGCACCUCAAGCCACGCUUCAUUGAAAUCGUCACUUGGAACGACUACGGUGAAUCCCAUUACAUUGCCCCUCUGGCCUCUCCCCACACAGAUGACGGAUGUUCCAAAUAUGUCAAUGACAUGCCACAUAAUGGCUGGAUGGAACUGGCCCGGCCUUUCAUUGCCGCCUACAAGGCGGGUGCCUCAUCCGUUAACGAAUAUAUCAAGGACGAGCAAUUGAUCUACUGGUAUCGACCCUCUCCCCGCGGCGCAAACUGCGACGCCACCGACACCUGCAUGGUUCCCGCAGACAACAGCAGCGGCAAUUACUUCAUGGGCCGGCCGAAUGGCUGGGAGUCCAUGGAUGACGUGGUCUUCAUCGUCUCCAUGUUGAAGUCCCCUGCCAAGAUCCAGGUCUCCUCGGGGACCAGCCAGCAAGUCUUCGAGGCCAAGGCUGGCGCCACAGCCUUCAAAGCCCCGAUGGGCGUCGGGCAGCAGAGCUUCGCCGUGGUCCGCGACAACAAGAUGGUCCUGGCCGGGACGAGUCCAAAGGAUAUCAUCGAGGGGUGUGUGUGCGGUAUCUAUAACUUCAAUGCCUUCGUCGGGAUGCUCCCCGCGGAGCCCAUGGACAACCUCCAGCCAGACAGUCUCGCCCGCUUCGCCCAAGGCCUCAAGGUGCAAUGCGAAGCCAGACCGUCGCUAAAACCACCACCUCCUCCACCAUCAACAAUCAAUCCCAACCCACCUACCAACCCUCCAAACCCACCGAUGAAUCCUCCAAACCCUCCUCCAACAAACAAUCCCCCUCCUCCACCGCCCCCUACCACAACCCAAAACCCACCACCACCGCCAACGAACAACCCUCCCCCAAACAAUCCUCCCCCAAAUCAGCCCCCAGGAACUGUCUGCACCGGUGGCACAGGCCAAGACAACCACAAAGGUCUCUGCGACUUCUGCUGCCACUAUGGCUAUUGCCCACCGGGACCCUGCACCUGCAACGCAUACGGCGCCCCAGUCCCGACACCACCAUCAACAGGCCAGAGAGGUGUGCCCGCAAACGGACUCGACGACUCCUACAAGGGCCUGUGCAGCUUCGCUUGCGACCACGGCUAUUGUCCGCCGGGGGCGUGCAGACUCGCCUGA